GGGUAACUACUUUUAUAUUUGGCUAGAUAGCAUUUGAAUGUUUUGAUCAAAAUGAGUGAAUAUCUUUUGGUGAUUAGAAGAUUAAAAACGAACGAAUGGAAAUGGUUGACGAAGGAAAUUGAAGGAAAUCCUUGGACUGCUGCGCUUUUCAUUGUAAUUUUGUGUAAAUAAAAUUUAGGAUAUUUGUUUUGUAAUAAGUACUUAAAUGUUAUCAGUGGACUAUUUUUGUUGCUAUAAUGUCAAAUAGUUCGAUUGAGGGGAAGCUGAAAGGUUUACAAGAACGUUUCGAAAAUGAAAUGCGUAUUCGAAGAGAAGGUGGUUUCAACAACCAAGGUGGAAUUGGAACUCCUAGGCCGGGGGGCGGCAGGACCAGGCCGAAGCCCCCAUCUAUGUUUCCCACCAGAAACAUAACAGAUUUCCCGCCGAGGUCACCACAAGCUUCUGAGACUGAAUACAGAAUGAGAGAGGUUUAUAAGGUUAGUGGCAAGCUGAAUGUAGAUGGCGUGGAGUACAGAUCACACGUGGAUGACCUGCAGCAGCUGGGCGAGCUCGGCAGUGGCACCUGCGGCCAUGUUGUCAAGAUGCUUCACAAACCUUCCAGCACUGUCAUAGCUGUUAAGCAAAUGCGUCGCUCCGGUAACUCAGAAGAAACAAAACGUAUUCUAAUGGACCUGGACGUGGUGGUCCGUUCCCACGACUGUCCCUAUAUCGUGAGGUGUUUGGGCUGCUUCGUGACAGACGCUGAUGUCUGGAUCUGCAUGGAGCUGAUGGCUUCCUGCUUCGAUAAGCUGCUGAAGAGGCUCGGAGCACCCAUACCUGAGGCUAUUCUGGGGAAGGUCACUGUAGCGACGGUGAACGCGCUAUCGUACCUGAAGGACACGCACGGCGUGAUCCACCGCGACGUGAAGCCGAGCAACAUCUUACUGGACGAGCGCGGCAACGUCAAGCUCUGUGACUUCGGCAUCAGUGGCCGCCUCGUCGACUCCAAGGCCAAGACUAGGAGCGCGGGCUGUGCUGCCUACAUGGCUCCGGAGCGAAUAGACCCACCAGACCCGACGCGGCCGGACUACGACAUCCGCGCGGACGUGUGGUCGCUCGGCAUCUCACUCGUCGAGCUCGCCACCGGAGUCUUCCCAUACAGAGACUGCCAGAACGACUUUGAAGUGCUCACUAGGGUAAUAGCGGACGAUCCCCCACAGCUACCAGACACGGAUGACUUCACACCAGAGUUCAAAUUAUUUGUGUCCCAGUGCUUAACAAAGAACUACAGACAGCGUCCCAAAUACGCGAAGCUUCUAGAACACCCAUUCGUAGUGAAAUCCGCGCGGAGUUCCAUAUCAGUGGGGGCAUGGUACGCCUCCCUCUCCAUAUCAGGGCAGGGGGGCGGGGCUAAAGGUGCGGGGUCGCCACAGGCCCCGCCCACGCCGACCAAUGGGGUGGAGACGCCCGUCACUCCGCAACCAGUUAGGAACUUCGUGACUAGCUCGCAACAUUGGAUGGAGCAGGUUACUCCAACGCCUGCGAGAGCGUGGUGGGCGACAAGUGGCAACGCGAACGCGGGCGGCAGCAGUUCGCAGCCGACCAGCUUAGAGACUGACAUGUCUAACCACUCACCAUAUCCUAGGAGAAGAACAAUAGACGCGUGCGCAUCCCCCCCUCCCCCACCAGUGCGCAGGGUAUCAGCUGAUAACCGCUGGCGUGCGUCCCCCGCGAGUUCGGGUAACACUAGUCCUAUAGUACUGCAGAGGUUCUACCAUCAGAACCAGCAGAGGAGGUCCAGGGUCGACCUGCAUUCUACCCCUAGGCAUAGAAGUUUAAGUAGAGAACAUAGUACAGGUCGGUCGCCCGAGCCCCCGCCGCGGACCAGUCGGCAACACCAAAUGUUAGGGCAUGAAGCAAACGGUAGCACUACGGAACUGGAGCCCCCCGCGCUACACGAGCGAUUGCACCCACCGUCGCCCUUACUACUCAAUGAUAGGCUAUCAGAAGGCCGCAGUCAGAGCCUGACUCGCGCGGAGCUCCGCAACGGGUACCGCGGGGAGCCACAGCCCGCCGCCACGCAUAAACACCAUCACGACGACCAGGAUAUGAGUGAUGAUACACGGAAAAAUACACCGUAUUACAGACGAUGAUUAAGGUAACUUAUCGUGUGUCAAAUCGAAUCUUCUGAUGUGUUGUAGUAUAAUAUGCGAGCGAUUGAAAUUCAAUAUAUAAUUUAUCGAUAUACUUAGAAAGCAUAUGACAGAUUAUCUUAACAGAAACUUGUUUUUAGUAUCAUAUUAAAAAAUUAAAAUGCCGUUAAACUAUGAACUCACGAGAAUGCUACAAAACAAAAAUACUGUUUAAAGAGAUUUUGACUAGUACGGCACUUAGUUUAUAUAAGAGUCGCUCGCACAGUAUACACAUGCGUAAUAUUGACUGUGACAAUGUUGUGACGAAGGAGCGCAGCCAGCCUGCGACACACAGCGCCGCCCCCGCGUGUACAGGCGCGGGGACUUAUUGCAAUACUGACCAUAUUACUUUCUUUUAUGAAAUAUAAAUACUUUUCUGAUAAAGCGGUUAUCAUUUGCUUUAUUACAUUGCCUUUGGUUGAACUAUAAGCUUUUGAAAAAUUCAUUGGCGACCAAAAUAAUGCCAGAGUCGUGUCAUUUGACGUUGCAUUAUUUCUGUCUCUAAAGACAUAAAGAGAGACGGUUGUUAAGACAACUUUGUAUGUAGAGAAAAAGUAAGAAAUCCCUUAACGAUAUUGCUAUUGCAAGUUGAUAACUGCACUAAAUAGACUUGUUAACGUUCAAUACCGAAUUGCUUUUUGUUGCCACAUACAUGUCAUAAAUGAUACAAUUCAUGACAAAGAAAAGAUGUUGACACUAUUAUUAUUAUUAACCAUCAUAAAGAAAGUUGGUCGACGUCGUUACAUUGCAAUGACUCCACAAAUCAUCUCAUUCUCAUACAGACUGUUUCUACCCUUCCAUUGUGUAAAUAUCGCGGAGGAAAACCAUGAACUUAUGGGAAAUAUGCUUAUGGCGCGUCCUCUGUGCUUUGCGGUUAUAUGCUUUCGCACAACCGAACGAAACGGCCAAGGAGGCUUAGUUGCCGAAAGAAACCUUUUUGGAUAUCACUUAUCGAGGUUUUUUAAAUAGAAUCACUACAAAAUUUUAUUAAAUAUAUCUAUUUUGAAUUUCAAUAAACAUAACUAGCAUAAAUUAGGUGAAUUAUACGAAGACCUCUACUUACUUCCACUAAGAAUUAUAUAUCUAGUGUUUUGUUUGAUAAAUUUGUAUUAAAUAUUUGGUUUUCUAUUUAAAAAGCUCGAUAUAUCAAAAUUUCUGUGUCAAUUCUUAUGUGCUAAAUAAAUGUUUACAUGAGUACAGACUCGAUGUUUUAGAGUCAAGUUUAGACGCAUAUUACUAUCUAAUUUAUUACCUAACCCACUCAUUGUAUGUUUUGGCAAACUUGACAUACACUCAAUUAAUUAAUAAUAAGAAUUAAAUUCAUAGAAAUUGUGGACAAAUUGGUUAAAAGGGUCCAUUUUGCUAAACGAUCUUUCUUUAGAAUCUGUCUUGGUAUUUGAGUACAUGUCAAGUUUGCAGCUUUUCAAAAUUGUUUGUUUCCCAAAUGUAUCUUACCAAAAUGUUGUUGUAUGUCAUAUGUUAUAACACAUUUAUGGAACUUUUCUUGUGACUGUACAACUUAGUACAAAUCAAGUUAUAUUACAUUAUUGAAAUGUUAAAUGUAAGUUGUACAUUCAAAGUUUUACCAUGGUUUAAUACGAUUCAGUUAAGUGCUUAUACUGGUAUCUAUGAUGCGUUCACGACAACACAGCACGGUGCACUUGGCCACAUAUUAUAUUUUCAAUUCUCAACAACUACAAAUAAAAAAAAACAUUUAUAAAGUAAAGUAAUAAUAGAUAUAAAAAAUAGUAUCUUGUUUUUAUUAGUGGUUUUAAAUUGAAGCAAUGAUACAAGCAGUUUAAUUGCCAAAUAUAAUUAUUAUUACAUGGUAACACUUUUAGAAAAGUCCCCACGAAUGUGUCUGUGCUUUGCCGCUGUCCUUCGCGCCCCACACAUCGCCUGCCCAUUAGUAGCUCUGUCACAUGCCUCGCUACACUAAACACGACCCUAACACCUAGCUAAAAUGGGCUAUAUUUGUACACUGCCACCGGCGCCGGUACGUAUCGCUUUGGGAAGCGUUGCUGAAAUAUUUUAUGCAAUUUUUUUUGAAGAUUUUGGAAGUGGAUGGUUUACAGGAAUUCACUGGAUGCUUAGUAGAAACAUAAUACAAUGAAUAAUUGUACUUACAGAGCAAGUUCAUUAAAAAGUCUAGACCUCAUUAUACUUGCCAUGUAUACUAGCUAUUCAUCAUGCCUGAUAUAACUUCAGACAUUCUAAUAGUAAUUUGAUCUCAAGAAUACCGACUUCGUUUGUUUUAAAAUACUCUAAAACUUAAAGCAAAUUGUUCAAUUCUCAUCUAAAACUGCUCAGGGCUAACACGUAAACUAUCCACUUAUAAGUAAAUAAGGAAGCUUGUAUUGGCGAGGUGUGAGCGAGACUCUGUUCUGAUCACUCAUUCAUCAUGGUAGCUUCGCUGUCAGUAACAUUAGCAGGCAUAUCGUAACGACUCUUUGGUUCAACACCUCCGUUGAAGAUGUUGGCAACAUUUUAUUUGCCACAGAUAAAUUAUUGAAACCAGACCUUUGCAGGAUGGAAUCCAAUUACAUUGCUCAAGACAUUUUUUGUAUCAUCUAAAACAAUAAUAAUUUUAUAAUUAUUAACUUUCCUAAUCCCGGAAGAAAGUAUAUAUCUAUGACGUCUAGAUUUUAUGUAAUCUGUUAAUAAAACCUUUUUUGAGGUCUAUAAAAUCUUAGAGUAGUAUAUUUACAAACAAACUCUUCUAAAAUUAUUUCUAUAGGCAAAUACGGCGUAGUUCUUUUUGAUGCCUAUAACUGUGGUUUCACCUGCAAAGAAAUUAAACUUAGCUUAAAUAUUAGAAUUUUGCCAACAUCUAAAAUGGAGUAGAUUCACAAAGAAAGCACAUAACACUAUCAGUGCCAUAUGAAGCUUCGAGCGUACAAAGAGUCGGUACAUACAAUAUGGAGCGGGCAGAGCGUCGUAGUGGUGUCGUUGUCGGUCGCGGUAGC